AUGCGGGUUGGCGAGCACUACGGGACGACGUCCAACACGUACUUGCUGACGGAGGAGAAGUGGGCCGAGACAGAGCGAGCCUGGCGAGCAGUGCAUGAAAGCCUGGUUGCCGAAUGCGCAGGACUCGGCUCGGACGUGUCGGUGCUGCCGCUGCCGGACAACGUGUCAUCGGUGGUGCCGCGGAUUCUGGAUGCGGAGGGCAAGUUCCCGAACCUCGGAGACGAGGACAUCGUGGGCCCGAUGGAACGGGCAGCGGCAGUGAACUGCUUCUCGGAGGAUCGACAUGGGUCGAGACAGUUCUGGCGCAACCUAGCUGGAAAGGUCGGGCUGCGGAAGUGA